AUGGCGUAUCAUCCUCGCAUAUAUAUACUACCGCCCAGAGGCAUCAGACGUUUCAGUGACUUCACUUGUGGCAUGUUAGAGGACCUUCUACUGAGGGAGCCGGACUUCUACUUUUCUUCCAGCGCUACCGAGGGAGACUCCCGCUCUUAUAGGGGAUAUGGAGCGAUGACGGCGAGAGACUGGCAUGAUGAGCUCCCCACCGGGGUCCGCGACAUUAUUGACAAGGCUGGCUUCAGCCUAUUCUGCUACGAUCUCUCACGGCACAUAGCGAGCCAGACUCUUCUUGGGGCGUUGGUGGAGAGGUGGUGGGACACCACCAACUUUUUCCACCUCUCUUCCACUGGGGAGAUGACGAUGACUCCCUACGAUUUUGCCAUGCUCACAGUCUUAGGAGUAAGAGGUGAUCUGAUCCCCGUUGACACGGAUAUAGGCGAGUGGGAGGUUGCUUGGAUCCACCUGUUGGGAGCACACCCAUCUCUGUACCGAUCGGCCAUAGUGAGAUACAGUUGGUUUACUGAGCAGUUCCGUGGGAGCGAGCCUAAGACACCAGAGGAAAUGGAGCAGUACGUCUGGGGCUUCUUGAUGCUUCUCCUCGGUACCACCUUGUUUUUGAACAGGUGGAACACCGUAGGUUUAUAUCUGUUGAGCACCCUGGUGACACUACCUCGGGGGCGAUUUUAUGAUUGGGGCGGAGUUGGCCUCUACGGUUACAUGAACUCCACUUUCCACAUGAUGGGAGAGUGA